AUGCAUGACGCCGCGCCAAGUGGAAUCUACGUCAUUGCAGCCACACCAACCGACACUCUCCAGGACAACGAGUACCAUUCGUUCGAAGCUCAUCCCAAGCCAGCGUUGAACGUCAUGGCUGCCCUUGUCCAAGUCGCGUCGGGGUCAUGCCUUUCCGCGUCGCUCGCACCGUCAUCGGCCGGCCGAAGAAGCACCUCACAACCGGCGUCGUCAGACUGCCGGCCAGUCUCUGCCGCCUCUCAACUCAGCAGCUGCGCGGUUCGCGCGAGACAUCGCGUGCCUCUGCUGAGACACGUGGCCGCCUUCCAGGAUGACGCGUGUCGAGCGUUCUACGAGCCGGUACGCUGCAAGAAGGCGGACAAGGAGAGCAAGGGCUUUAAGGAGGCGAAGCGGUCGCUCAAGGCGAAAGCAGCAGCGCUGGAGUCGCAGUUCGUCGCCUUGGCCGAUGCCGUCGACUCGGACGAACGGCAGUCCGGCGUUGCGACGGCGUCCCCGGUUGACGCGGACUUCGUGGCAACGGUGCUUCGCGAGCUGAAGGAGAUCAAGGCGGAGCUCAAGUCGCUGAAGCAGAUGCAGAAGAAGAUGAUGGAAUCCUCUUCAUCCUCCUCGUCAUCGUCAUCCUCCUCCUCCAGCAGCGAUGGCGGCAUGGGGGGAAUGAAGGCCAGGCGCAUGGAGCGCCGCAAGGCACGGCAGCAGGGCGCCAUGGGGAUGAUGGGGACCGUAGGAGGGACUGUGGGGACCUCCGUCGCCACUGGCGGUGCUGCUCCCGCUAUCCCCGCUGCUCCAGCCAAUCCAGUGGCGUCGGUUCUUGCCGCGCAUGCACACGUAGCCUCGGAAACCCCUAGGGUGUGGGAGAUCGAAGACGUGGUUUCCGCGAUCGCUGGAGGCGCCUCUUUCACCAGCUCGGCGCUGCCCUCCGCCCUCCAAACGCCCGUCCAGCUCCCCCCUGUGCAAGCUCCGCCUCCCCCCUCCCCACUCCCCACUCCGGUCUCCCCCAUUCACGCCGCGCCUGUCUUUCCCGACACCGCGCCCUCGCCGUUGCAAGGGAGCGUGGCGGUGGGUGUGACUGUAGCGGGGGACGUGGAAGUGUGCAUUGGCGGGAAGUGCAAGAAGAACGGAGCGGGUGAGAUCCUAUCCGCCUUCCAGGCGCAGGCAGCGGGAACAGGCGUGAAUGUGGAGGCGUGCAAGUGCAUGGGCAAGUGCAAGGCGGCGCCAAACGUGAGAGUGUGGCGGGAUGACGCGGACGAGCCUCGAAUGGAGAGUUAUCUGGCGGUAGAGGAUGUGGGCAUGCUGAUGCAGAGGCACUUCGGCCUGCAGCCUGCUCCCGUGCCUGCUGCUGGAGCUGGAAUUAUGUGA